AUGGAGUUUAGUCCAAGCUUCCCUGAGAAAAUUCACUACCUUUCUGGGAUUUUCCCUGAAAUCAAAACAGAGAUUCCUGUGUCAGAAGAGAACAGCAGCUUCAUGUACCAAAACAAUUUCAACCAUUUUCAGCAGCACCAUCACCUGAACGAGUCAAACCAUGGCCACCCUGAAAGUUUUUUCACAGAGGGUUCUUCCUCCAUCAUUACCCCAUUAUUCUCUUUGUCCUCAGCAGCCCAUUCUUCAGGUGGCCCAUCUUCCUACAAAUCCACUUACCCCAAUGAGUCCCUGAAGGGAGGGUAUGCCAACCCCUACUACCCCAUGGCCUAUGCACCAAACAACACCAAUGCUCAAUCCAUGCAUGGUAACAACAACAAGGUCAUCUGGGACUUUUCCCAGAAAUCUCCCCUUCACUCUGGCCCAAGUGCAACUUCAGAUCCUCAGGUGCAGAGGAAGAGUAAUGCCCAAAUUCAGCAGAGGAUGACAAACAUCAUCAAAGGGCAGUGGAGUGCUGAAGAGGACAGGUCCUGUCUUUAG